ACACCGGAGGAGAUGGGAAUCGACACCAGUCGCCGCAACCCCAGCCCGCGGCCGCUGUCUGAUAACGAGCGCGCGCGCCUCGAGGAGUUCAUCGACUCUAUUCACUAUUCUACUCGUUAUUCCGACAGCGAGUACGAGUACCGUCACGUCCAGCUACCCAAGGCCAUGCUCAAGGCCAUCCCCUCCGACUACCACGAUAAAUCCAAGGGCACUCUAAAGCUCUUGUGGGAAGAGGAAUGGAGAGCCAUGGGCAUUACACAGAGUCUCGGUUGGGAACACUACGAGGUUCAUGAGCCAGAGCCUCAUAUUCUGUUGUUCAAGCGUCCCCUGAACUACCAGCCCCCUCAGUGUUGAAGACAACUUGGCUUGAGGAGGAUUAGACGGGAACACAAACACAACACACACACUUGGAAUUGUACCAUACCUUGCAUUACCAUGAUGCUCACGACUGCAUAGCGAGAUUUCUUUAAUGGGCGACAUGUGCGGACAGCGAUCGCGAUCGAUACUAGGAUAAUACUUGGAGGAUACUACUGGCUCGAAUACUUUGCUCCGAUCAAUGCGCCCAUGGCCGUCACCCAAAAAGCUCCCGAGUGUCUGGAGGACAAGAAUCCCAUAUCCUGAUGUGAGCGAUCGAAUGACGAUCACAGUCUAUUGCGACACGGAUGGAUUGAUUUGACCGAGACAUAACACAAUGACUCGGUGGAUCACUGCUGGAAGGGAUGAGCUUGCCGGACCUCUCUGAUUUGGAAGCCGAGGCUGUAGGUGGGCUCGCCAGACUUGCAUAUUCUUCAUGGACCACUCAGCCAGUUACUGGCCAAACAUCCUGCUGUCACAACUUGAACCAAUUCUCAGGCAUAGCAUUCGAUAUCUGCAGACAACAUAGGAGGAGACAAGCGAUCAUGCACGGGGUAUCAUUGGUCUAAUGUCUCCGGGGUGGGUCGUUGGGUUAUGGGUCCGUGAAGAGCAAAUGGAUAGAGAGAAUCAAUAGAAACGGCUUGCAAUUCAAGCGCUCCCUAUCGUC